GUUUUUCGGAGAGAGCUUGGGAUUUGGAAGAGGUUGCGACAUUAUAGUAUUUUGAAGUUCAUGGGCACUACUUCGGACUUUGGCCCCUCUGUGGCUUUGGUUGCUCCGUGGAUAGCCAAUGGUACUCUGACGUCAUUUCUCAAGCAGAACAACAAAACCCUCGCGCUGAUCGAUCGUCUGCUUCAUACGUUUAGCUUGGCUGAAGGGGGACGUACGGACUUGAACCCCGUCGUCCACGGAGACCUCACUGGUACCAAUGUCCUGAUCGAUAGAGAUAGAAAGGCAUAUCUUGCAGAUUUUGGCCUUUCGGGAACUUUAAAACAGUCGACCGGCAUGACAUACCUCGCGAAGAUGAGUUGUCAUCCAGGAGCAAUGAGAUGGGCAGCUCCUGAACUUCUUACUGGAGAGGAAUCCUGUGCAGUCACCACUCAAAGUGACAUUUACUCGUUUGGUAACAUCAUGCUCCAAGUUUUGACGGGGAAUGUGCCUUGGCCUCACUUGACCCGUGAAGCCGCAAUCUUGCGUAAAGUGAUAUUUGAGGGGGAAAUACAUCCUCGUCCAAAUGACAGUUGUAUCACCGACCAGCACUGGAAUUUUAUGACCCGUUGCUGGUCUAUCAUACCCAUUGAUCGACCUCCUGCCAAAGCAGCACUUCAAUUUCUUGGUCACGAGCUGCGGUCGAAGGGUGGUUUAGUCACAGAUACUUUUACGUUCGACGAUCAUCGGUCUCCACGAUCUUCCCGCACCAGUUCCUCUUCUCUUUCAUACCCACACGCCCGAACGGAACACUUUCUGGGAGCCCCGCCGCAAGAGCACGCCGCAGUUUCGAUUGCGGGGCCAUCUGGAAUCAAUUCUUUGCGGGAGGAUCCUUUGGUCCCUGGUACGCGUCGUGCUGAUGUACUAGAGUUCAUUUCGCUGACCACUCACCACAGGCUGCCAGUGGAUGAAUCAAAUGCACUGAUACACUCCUUCUGUGGCCCACGAUCACUCAAUACAUACCGUUUCGUUCGAUGA